AUCCAACAUAAUAACGCCGGCGCGUCCACGUGAUGCCGACCAGGCUAUAAGUUCUGGUGGCGCUGCGACUUCGUUUGCUCAUCAAGGCCUUUGUAAACUAGCCUGGCCUCCCGCGCCUCUGCAGGCAACGCAUACAUCCUCCUGGCCGCCGCCCAGCUAGAGCCACGCACCACACCCACCAGCAAGCAGCUUACAGCGCUCAAACCGCUCCCUCUCUGCCUCGUCAUCGCAGCGCGCCCUGCCAGCUCGCACCAGCAGCAGUACAAGACCAGCUCUGUGGCCUAACUGCCUCCCGCUAUCUAGUUCCCAGCAACCACAGCCGCAGCCGCAGCCUCAGCCUCAGCCUCAGCCGCCAUGUGCAGCGUGGACGCCUUUUUGUUCACGGCCUCGCGCCUCACAGCCGAUCCCGACGCCGCGCCGCCCCGCGCCUGGCGCCCCGCCGGCUCGCCCGAUGGGGGGGACGGCCCGCAGCAGCAGCCCCACGAGCCGCCGCCGCCGCCGCCCAUGUGCGCCCGUGUGCCGCCGGCCACGCUGCGGCGGCUGACGGCGGCGCUGAUCGCCUCUGGCGGCGGCGGCAGUGGCGGCGGCACUAGCGGCGGCGCUGGGGCCGAGGCGGCGGCGGCGGUAUCUGAGGCGGAGGUGGAGUACGCGAUUGCGCACGGGCGCUUCGCCGACCGCUACCACGCCCAGUGCCUGGUCAGUCGCCCCAUGCGCGGCUCAGGCACCGACCCCGCCGCUGCAGCAGCCGCCAAGCACCGCAGCACCGGCGGCGGCGGCAGUAGCAGUAACGGCGGCAGUGCUACUGCCGAGGUGCCUCAGCACUUGCGCGAGUGGGGGGUGCACGUGGGCGGCGGCGCACUGCUGGUGCUACAGCUGGAGCCCGUUGUCGGCAGUAGCAUCAGCGGCUGCGGGGAUGGCGGUAGCGGUGGGGGUGGCAUUAGCGGCGGCGGCGCCUGCCGCAGGUCCCAGACGGGCGCCUCCGACGGCGGCAGCAGUGACAGUGUUAGCGGCGCCAGUGAUGCGGCUGGGCUGGGCAGUGCUGCGAGCGUCGGCAGUAGCAGCAGCGCCGGUAGCCGCAGCAGCAGCUACGGCGGCAGCUCUGUCCUGGCCGCCGCCGCCGCGCCCACGGCCCCCGCCCCUGGCGGCAGCCCCCUGCUGACGCCGCGUGUGCGGCUGGUGCACUGGUACAGCUUCGCCCGCCCCGCCCUGCACCAGUGGCGCCGCCAGCAGGCCGCCGCUGCAGCCGCCGCCGCUGCUGCUGCCAGUGCUACUGCCGCCACCUCGCCUGCUGCAGACCCGGCUGCUACUGCCGAGCCGGCGCCGAUGCCCUUCGCCGCCACCCAGGCCACCGUGCCCACGGUGGCUCUGGAGGUGGAGGAGGUGUGGCGGCCGCUGUCGCAGCUGCGUGACCUGGCCCCCCGCCUGCUGGGCGCCUCCCUGCCGCCCGACCUGGCGCCCCUGAUGCUGGUGGCAGUCGGCACCGGCAGUAGCAGCAGCGGCUCCGGUGGCAGUAGCAUCCAGUGGCCGCUUCAGCCUGGCGACCGCGAGGCGGCGGCGGCGGCCAGCUACGCCUUCGCCGCCUGGCUGGCUGGAAUGGAGAUGCCGGGCAGUCAGCCGGCGGACAAACGGCAGCAGCAGCAGCAGCAGCAGCAGCAGGCGGGCGGCGGCGCGGGGCUGCUGCAGCGGCUGUGGCGGCGCGCGGGGGCGGCGCUGGUGCGUCUCUCGGCGCCGCUGCCGCCUUCGGCACCGCCGCUGACUGCCACUGCCACUGCCACUGCUGCUGGCGAGGGCCAGGCGGCGGCGGUGCCGCUGUCGCCCGCGGCCGCCGGUGGCAUCACCACGGCUGCGGAGGCCUGGGCUGAGUUUGAGCGCCGGCUGUUGCUGCUGCCGGCCCCCUGCUCCCCGGGCGGCAGCGGCAGCAGCGGCAGCGGCUGCAGCAUUAGCGGCGCAGAGGCGGACAGUGAUGAGAGCGAGGACGUGGCGGCGGCGGCGGCGGGGGUGUGUGUGGAGGACGCGGAGGCGGCUGUGGCACGCGAGUGGCUGUCGCUGAUCUGAGGGCCGGCGCGAUGUGCGCCAUUGCACUACGGGUUAUGCGCUGGGGUGGGUGAGGGAUUGUGGGAGAGCCAUCCAGUAAGUUCAGAACCCCUAAACCCAAUCCACCCCCCCCAUACGCGUUUUGCCGUGAAGGAUGUGGUCAAGUGAUGUGUGUCCGUGUCUGAACAGGCAGGGCCUGUCAAGUAUGAGCUGUCUCCCGCCUUCGGUUGUGUUUGAGUUGUUAUCCGGCCUAUGAAUUCUUAUCCGGGCCUAGGUUGUGAUUGAAGGGCGUGAUUGAAGGGCGCACCAUGAUCAGUAACACAAGAAGUAAGUGCACAGUGACUAUGUAGAGAGGUGUGCCGUUCCCGGAUUAUUCAAGGAGGUGCCAGAAUGCCACGUGAAUAACGCUGGUGUGAUUAACAGAUGCAUGCAUGCAUUAAGUGCACCACGGACAGAUGAGCGUGAACGCGUGGAAUGACUGGAAUCCGGAACCCAAGUCAAGGACAACGGCCCGAAACGUUGUAAACAGUUGCAUAU